UCAGUUGAAGAUGCCAAUAACAGCGGUAUGAACUUAUUGGACCAGUCUGUCAUUAAAAAAGUUCCGGUUCCUCCAAAAUCAGUUACUUCUUUGAUGAUGAAUAAAGAUGGCUUCCUGGGUGGAAUUUCAGUCAAUACCGGCGAGGUGUUUUGCUCUGUACCUGGCCGCUUGUCUUUGCUUAGUUCAACUUCAAAGUAUAAAGUAACUGUGGGAGAAGUUCAAAGACGCCUUUCUCCUCCAGAGUGUCUGAAUGCAUCCCUCCUAGGAGGAGUCCUUAGAAGAGCCAAAUCGAAAAACGGGGGGAGAUCUUUGCGAGAAAGGCUAGAAAAAAUCGGUUUGAAUUUACCAGCCGGCAGGCGUAAGGCUGCAAAUGUCACUUUACUCACCUCCCUGGUGGAAGGUGAGGCCGUUCAUUUAGCUCGGGAUUUUGGGUAUAUCUGCGAAACGGAGUUCCCAGCCAAAGCUGUUUCUGAGUACCUGAACAGGCAGCACACGGACCCCAGCGACCUCCACUCCAGGAAAAACAUGCUACUUGCGACAAAGCAACUUUGUAAAGAAUUUACAGAUCUCUUGGCCCAGGACAGGACACCCAUUGGAAACAGCCGGCCCACCCCUAUUUUGGAACCCGGCAUUCAGAGCUGCUUGACUCACUUCAGCCUCAUCACCCAUGGCUUUGGGGCCCCCGCUAUCUGCGCUGCCCUCACGGCCCUUCAAAACUACCUGACUGAAGCUCUCAAAGGCAUGGACAAGAUGUUCUUGAACAACAACACUGCUAACAGGCACACAUCUGGCGAAGGACCAGGUAGUAAAACUGGAGACAAGGAAGAGAAACACAGAAAAUGA